AUGUCCUACAGUGUGACCCUGACAGGCCCUGGGCCCUGGGGCUUCCGCCUGCAAGGGGGCAAGGACUUCAACAUGCCCCUCACUAUCUCGCGGAUCACUCCAGGCAGCAAGGCCGCCCAGUCGCAGCUCAGCCAGGGUGACAUGGUGGUGGCUAUUGAUGGUGUCAACACAGACACCAUGACCCACUUGGAGGCCCAGAACAAGAUCAAGUCUGCCAGCUACAACCUGAGUCUCACACUGCAAAAGUCCAAGCGUCCUGUUCCUAUCUCUACAGCACCACCCUCGAUACAGUCCCCUAUGCCGGUGAUACCCCACCAGAAGGACCCUGCUCUGGACGCGAAUGGCAGCCUGAUGGUGCCCAGCCCGGACCCCGAGAUGGGGACUAGCCCGGGCAGCCUCGGCACCCUGGAGCUCAGGCCGACCAUUAACUCCUCCUUCUCCCAGACCUCCGGCUCCUCUUCACACAUGGAGGCCUCUGAACCUGGUCUUCCUCGGGGCAGUCCAGGGGCCACAACAAGCCCAGAAGGGGCCCCUGACUCAGUCAGCCCGAAAAUGCCCCCGGGCUCAAGACAGCCAAAGCAGUAUAACAACCCUAUUGGGCUGUACUCGGCAGAGACCCUGAGAGAGAUGGCUCAGAUGUAUCAAAUGAGCCUCAAAGGGAAGGCCUCAAGUGCUGGACUCCUAGGAGGUGCGGACUACCAAGAACGCUUCAACCCCAACGCCCUGAAGGAUUCGGCCCUGUCCACCCACAAGCCCAUCGAGGUGAAGGGGCUGGGCGGCAAGGCCACCAUCAUCCACGCGCAGUACAACACGCCCAUCAGCAUGUACUCGCAGGACGCCAUCAUGGACGCCAUUGCUGGCCAGGCCCAGGCUCAGGGCAGUGACUUCAGUGGGAGCCUUCCUGUGAAAGAUAUGGCUGUAGACAGCGCCUCCCCUGUGUAUCAGGCUGUGAUUAAGAACCAGAGCAAGCCAGAAGAUGAAGCUGAUGAAUGGGCCCGUCGCUCCUCCAACCUGCAGUCUCGCUCCUUUCGCAUCCUGGCCCAGAUGACGGGCACAGAGUUUAUGCAAGACCCUGAUGAGGAAGCAUUGCGAAGGUCAAGGCCCCAGGCGACCUCUCCAGCACCUGCCACUCAUACAUACAGCGAGGCCCCUGCCGCACCUGCGCCUAAGCCCCGGGUUGUCACCACUGCCAGUAUCCGGCCUUCUGUCUACCAGCCAGUGCCUGCAUCUUCCUACAGCCCAUCCCCAGGGGCCAAUUACAAUCCAGCUCCCUAUACACCCUCCCCUGCUCCUGCCUAUACCCCAUCACCCACCCCUGCUUAUUGCCCCUCCCCAGCCUAUACCCCCGUGCCAGCCCCCACAUACACCCCCUCUCCAGCCCCCACCUACACCCCCUCUCCAGCCCCUACUUAUACCCCCUCUCCGGCCCCUGGCUAUAACCCCACACCUACCUAUGGUGGAGGCUCUGUGGAGCCUGCCAGCCGUCCACCUUGGGUGACCGAUGACAGUUUCUCUCAGAAAUUUGCCCCUGGUAAGAGUACCACUUCCAUAAACAAGCAGACCCUGCCCCGAGGGGCCCCAGGAGCCCCCCCAACAGCUGCCCCCUUAGCCAGGGGCAUUGUUCAACGGGCUGAGCGCUUCCCAGCUAGCAAUCGGACUCCACUCUGUGGCCACUGCAACAACAUCAUCAGGGGCCCCUUUCUGGUAGCCAUGGGCCGUUCCUGGCACCCAGAGGAAUUCAACUGUGCCUAUUGCAAGACCUCGCUGGCAGAUAGGUGCUUCGUGGAGGAGCAGAACAAUGUAUACUGUGAACGGUGCUAUGAGCAGUUCUUUGCCCCAAUCUGUGCCAAGUGUAACACCAAAAUCAUGGGGGAAGUGAUGCAUGCCCUGAGACAGACCUGGCACACCACCUGCUUCGUUUGUGUGGCCUGCAAGAAGCCCUUUGGGAACAGCCUCUUCCAUAUGGAAGAUGGGGAACCCUACUGUGAGAAAGACUACGUCAAUCUCUUCAGCACCAAAUGUCAUGGCUGUGAUUUCCCAGUGGAGGCUGGUGACAAGUUUAUCGAAGCUCUGGGGCACACUUGGCAUGAUACCUGCUUCAUUUGCGCGGUCUGCCAUGUGAAUCUGGAGGGGCAGCCAUUCUACUCCAAGAAGGACAGACCGUUGUGUAAGAAGCACGCGCACGCCAUUAACGUGUAG